CUGGCAUCAGCAGUUUACAAUUGUACAGCUCGUGCGGUGCUCAGAGACGGUGUGUGACCGCUGUCCAACAUGUGCUCUUCUGGAAGGUUCAGGGUGGAAAUCGUAGUUUAAAAAUGGCCCAAAGUGGUCAAUCUAAUGCACGGUCCACAUUUUAAAUGACGCCAUUUGGUCAAAUUCUCAACGGCGUUGAAUCACCUGUCGUCGAUAACCAUUUCUGUCAUGUUAAGAGCAUAAAAGUGUGACGGCCAGGCACAUUUUGGGCCGCGCAGAAAGAUGUGCUAUAUUUAGAGAGGGGUCCUGGGAGGUAUGUGCUGGCAUGGAGUGUGAGUAGAGCAUUCUCCACCAUUGAUAGGGAAGAGACACUCCACAAGAAUGCUCAGAUGAGCGACACCAGGUCCUGUGAGUGAUUUCACAUACAGGUUCACAAACAACCUUGACUGCUGUCUGCUUUGUAUUUAUAUCAGAUGUACGGACCGGUCAUAAUCACUGGUAGCAAGCUAUUGCCCCACAUGCACACGAUAAGGCUCCAUUUAAUACACAACCGCUACCAGCUACCAGCCUCCCAUGUCUACACUUCCAAAUGGUGUCUUCCCACUCGUGGCCCUUCUUAAAUGUAUUCAUGUGAGCGGCGUCUAAUCCCUGGAGUUGAGCCACUCGUACUCCAGUUUUUGGAGUAUGCUGUGCCAACCUCAAGGACAACAAAGCCCUGAUGAAGAUGGGGCUGGGGCUGGUGCUGGUGGGCCACGUGAACUUUCUUCUGGGAGCGCUGGUGCACGGCGCUGUGCUCAGGCACAUCAACGUGCACGCUCUGGCCCGGACCUUGGUGUAUGCCAUCUCUAAUGUCAUUGCUAUUGUGGCAGGCUUGGUGGGAAUAUUAGGUGGAAUAACUGCCAUUGUCUUGUCCAAAAACAAGAGGAACAGGAUCCUGCAGUGGGUCUUGCUGGUCUUCAGCUUCCUGGCAGGUCUCUUGUCGAUUGCCUCCACCCUGGGCUUGUCAGUUUCAGUGGUGAAAGCUGUCAUUAACAAAGGAUGGGGCCUGCUGACACACUGCACGUUCUCUGGAAACGAGCAGAUCUCCUCCAGCAUCACAUACGAAUGCCCUUUCGACCCCACCCGGAUCUAUGGCACCACAAUCAUUCUGUGGGUGCCUCUCAUCCUGAUGUCGGUGGUGGAGAUGGUGUUCUCCUUCCGCUGCUUCGCUGCCUGUACGUCGUUCCUCUACCUCUGUCCGUGCAGGAGGCGGCCGACCCGGGCCAGGAGGGUGCGUAUCCGGGGAGUCGUUGAAACUCACACGCUGCCUCCAGAGCCGGACCCAGAGAGCGACGCUGUAGCCGAGCCCGCCGAGCAGGACGAGCUGCUGGAGGACCCGGCCGUGGUGCAGAGUGCGUGGCUCUGAACCAGCUCGCCUUCAUAACUGGAUCAAAUGAAACUUCUGUGAUGUUUCCGUUACAGAUCGAGUGUCUGAUAACAUUCGUCAGCAAUGGCAUUUUAUUUCAUUUCCCUGAUAAAAUACUGCCUUUGGUUUUAAAUUGUCAUAUUGUUUAUGUGUACUGGGUAUUGCCUUGAAAAUAAAUAGAGUAAAGACACCGUGAAUAUAAAAGACUUGUAGAUGCAAUUAUUUUUUUCAGACCAGAUUUAACCUUUUAUUAAGAAUCUUAUUUUGAAAAACUUUAACAGGACAAAGCAAUGUAACUUUUCAGGGCAGUUUUUAUUGGUGUAAAAAGUGGUCAACGCACAAUGGGGUCUGUCAGAUUUAAAUGACUUUUCAGAAUACAAAUAUAUACAACAUGAAUUCUGGCAUUUGUCUUGCUCCCAUUUAACAGUGCUAUGCACUGGAUAUUAAGUUCAAAUCUCAGUGGAAUCCAAGCCUGACACCCACAAUUGUGACAGGACCCAAUAAAUUUUAAUAUUUUGUGGCAAGAGUCCCAAAAAGAGGUAACUGUUAAAAGGACACAUACUAAACUACCUAAAAUAUAGAACUGUAAUUUGUGCCAUGUUAAAAUGUAUCGGUUAUACACAACCCUCUUAACUACCCCUGGUGGCCUCAGUUGACAAAACCAGAGACACAGAUGUAUUACAGAAAAGGAUCUAUUGUAUAAACAUGCUUCAACUGCAUUUUAAAGACACAGGACAAGUUGGACUGUAAGACACAAACAGUAGCCAAAAUAUCUAUGAUUUAAAUAAAUUAAAUCCAGAUAUAUAAAAGCAUAGAUGUACUAAGCCAUUUUUACAGAGUUAUGUCACAAGGGAAGAAUAAGUCAUCGAAUAAAAAGAUUAA